UAUUUGUUUUGUGAGGGAGGGCCAAGCAUUCGCUUGAUCGGAAAGCCAUAGGAAUUUGGUCCGAUUUGUAAGUACAAUCACAUUUUUGGAUCCACAACAAAGGUCAGUUUGGCCUGAUCACUCGACACAAUUGGACAAACAUGAGAGGCCUCGUUUUGUUCAGCGUGUUGAUUGUGGGCACUUGGGCCCAAGAUGUACUGGUCACUUUACCCGACCUUGGAACCAUUCAAGGGCGAACCAAGGAGACCUUUGGCAAUCUCGGAGUGCCAAAGAAGCCGUAUUACAACUUCCGGAACAUUCCUUUCGCGGAAUCAGUUUCCGGACCUAAACGCUUUUCGCAACCCGUUCAACUCAAGAGAGCUAUUGGUACUGUGGAACAACCAUAUGAUGCCACUAAAUCUGGACCACUUUGUCCACAAUUGGGUCUGGACGAGGCUACCCUUGGUCAGCUGACUGAGGCCAUCGUGAAUGACCUGAUUGACACUCUUCUCAUUGAUCUUGAGCUCUCUGGAUUGAUCUCAACCGAGUCGGUGAUCACUCUAUUGGAAGACCUGUUUGAGGUUCCCGUGGGCGGCCUCACGGUGGCUGAGAUCAUCAACAACCUCCUGGAUGUGGAUUUUUCAGUCUCAGAGGACUGCCUGCACUUGGCUGUUUCGACGCCUUAUCUUCCUGGUAAAGAUACUGAGCGAGCGGACCUUUUGCCCGUCAUGUUCUUCAUUUAUGGCGGAGGCUUCAGAGCUGGAACUCAAAUGAAGAUGGGCUACGAACGCUUGGGAGACGUUAAUGAUGUGGUCCUGGUGGCCAUUAAUUAUAGGCUGGGCCCUCUAGGUUUCAUGUGCCUGGACACGGACUCGUCAGCUGGAAAUAUGGGUCUGUUGGAUCAAAUAGUGGGACUGGAAUGGGUCCGAGAUAACAUCGAGUAUUUCGGGGGAGAUCCCAAUCAAAUCACGAUUUUCGGCGAAUCCGCAGGAGCGGCCAGUGUCAGCUUGCUUACUCUCUCUCCCUCUGCCAAGGUAACCAACCCAGCCAUGACUAUCUAUUAGUUAUACGAGGGGUAU